AUGACAUUCUUCUUCCGCUUGAGACGCUGGAUUGAAGAAGGGGAUGAAAGCGAGAGCUUGCACCCGGCGGGGUACCCGGGCUGCUCCGCGCUGCCGAUGAAGUACGCCUACUACUCACCGGAGGGCUGGGCUGGCCCGUCCGCCGCGGUGCGUGCCGGCGCGCGCCUGCUUCCCAGCGCAGGGCUCUACGGAGCCCACCCCGUGUUUGAGCACACGGCUGCUCAGACACCGGGCAAGGGGCAGCAGGAUGCCUCUUCGGAGAGACCCACUGCCCUGUACCAGCUGCAGGAGGAGGAGGACACCGGCACGGACCCCGAGGCUCACCUGGUGUCCCCUACCUUGGACAUAUCAAUAGAGACUCUCAACCAGCUGAUCCUAGAAAUCGACCCAACCUUCCAGCCACUGACAUGCAAGCCGGUGAAGGAUGCGGUCCAGGGUGCUGCUCGGGGUGAUGCUGCUGCCACCAAGAAACAAGAUCCAGAGGCAAUAGACAUCAAAUACAUCGAGAUGACGCCAGGCAGAGCCGCGUGUCCCGAGCUGUGGCAGGGCUCCCCCAGCCCUUCGGGCACCCCGUUCUCGAGGUCCCCCCAGGGCGACGGCUCCCUGCCCCAGAAAGGGGGACUCAGAGCCAACUUCAGCACCAGUGGCAGCGUGGUUUUCUCGAGCCCCCCUGGACCGGCGAGCCCCGGCUGCAGCCCCGGCUCGAGGGUCGGUGGCCUGAACAACGCGCUGUCGGCACCAGUGCUCUCCUGCCUCUCGGACAGUCCCCUCAGGGCUGGGCAGCCGACCAUGAAGUUUGUGAUGGAUACAUCAAAAUACUGGUUCAAGCCCAGCAUAACCAGGGACCAAGCGAUCCAGCUGCUGAGGGACAAGGAGCCAGGCACGUUCCUUGUGCGGGACAGCACGUCGUACCGGGGGUCUUUUGGGCUGGCGAUGAAGGUUCCCGUCUCUCCGUCCAGCAGCCAGACAGGCGAGGAGAGCAGUGACCUCGUCCGGCACUUCCUCAUCGAGUCCUCUGCCAAGGGGGUGCGCCUGAAAGGAGCCAGCGAGGAGCUCUAUUUCGGGAGCCUCUCUGCCUUCGUGUAUCAGCACGCCAUCACCCCGCUGGCGCUGCCCUGCAAGCUGAGCAUCCCCACCCGAGAUCUCAGUGAUGGAGAGGACAGCCCUGACUGCGCUCCGGAGUCCACACCUUCCCUGCUGAAGAAAACUGCUGCCACAGAAGAAGCUGAAAAGCCGGCGCUGUCCUUGGACCUGUGCAGAGCAGCAGGUCACCCCAGCGCGUCAGGCAUCAAACGUCUGGAGUUUCCAGAAGGAUGGGGCAGUUGGGGGCUGGUGAAAUUGCUGAGGGACCUGAUGGACACAUGGAAAGGGCACAGCAGGACAGGGAAGGGUCUUCGCUUCUCCUCUGUGCCCGAGUGCCGCCAGCCUGGGUGCAGCGAUGGGUGGGCUCCAGUCUGCAACGUCCUGUACCUCAACUCGGUGAGCACGGAGACGCUGACGGGAGCCCCGGCCAUCCAGAAAGCCAUCUCCUCCACCUUCGAGCUGGAGACGCUGCCCACGCCCACCCUGGUGCACUUCAGAGUGACGGAGCAGGGGGUCACGCUGACGGACGUCCAGAGGAGGGUGUUCUUCAGGCGACACUCCCCCUUGGCUGCCGUCAGGUUUUGUGGGAUGGACCCUGAGAACAGAAAGUGGCAGAAGUACUGCAAGUCCUCCAGGAUCUUUGGGUUCGUGGCCAAAAGCCAGACCGAUUCGGAGAACCUCUGUCACCUGUUUGCAGAGUACGACAAUGUGCAGCCAGCGUCGCUUGUCAUUGACCUUCUCUGCAAGCUCCUGCCCAGCCCGUAG